UUCAGCUUGCCUGGCAGAACCCAUAGUACUAGGGUCUAAGUGCAUUCCUCCUUAAAUCAUCCUUAGCUACCUUUUUUUAAACUCCUUAGAACUGAAUUGGAUUAUAAAAAGUCUUCUGGCUGAACAGUCUUUCAAUUUAUUGUUUGUCAUUGCUGAUCUACAGAUAAGCUUCAGCUUUGCUGUCACCAGAGUUAAUCUGGUCAGAGCACCAGACAUAGUAAACCAGAAUCUUCCAUCAGAGAAUUAUACAAUUGGUGCAAUGCCAAACUUUGUAGCUCCAGAAGGCAAAAAAUUCGUGACUUGGGACUAUGUUGUUUUUGCAACACUAUUUUUAGUCUCUGCCAGCAUUGGAGUCUUUUUUGCAGUUAAAGAGAGGAAAAAGAAAACCUCAAAGGAAUUUUUGGUGGGUGGUAAGCAGAUGACAUGUGGACCCAUAGCUUUUUCUCUUACAUCAAGCUUCAUGUCAGCAGUAACAGUCCUGGGAACACCCUCCGAAGUUUAUCGCUACGGGGCAUCCUUUGUGCUCUUCUUUCUUUCGUACACACUUGUUAUAAUUUUUACUGCUGAACUUUAUCUACCUGUUUUUUAUAAGUCUGGCAUCACAAGCACUUAUGAGUAUUUGGAGUUAAGAUUUAACAAGAUUGUCCGUCUUGCUGCAACCCUGAUUUACAUCCUACAGACGAUCCUUUACACAGGAAUAGUUGUCUAUGCUCCAUCACUGGCACUCAACCAAGUCACUGGAUUUGAUCUCUGGGGCUCAGUGGCUGCAACAGGAAUUGUCUGCACUUUCUAUUGCACUCUGGGAGGAUUAAAAGCUGUUGUCUGGACAGAUGCAUUUCAAAUGAUUGUUAUGGUGGCUGGCUUCGUGACGGUUUUGAUUCGAGGAACUAGUGUGAAUGGUGGAUUGACCAAAGUCUGGGAAGAUGCCCAUGAAGGAUCCCGGCUAAACAUAUUUGACUUUGAUGUUGAUCCUUUAAGAAGACACACCUUCUGGACAAUAGUUAUUGGAGGAACAUUUACAUGGCUAGGGCUCUAUGGAGUCAAUCAGUCCACGAUACAAAGAUGUGUUUCCUGCAAAUCAGAAAAGCAUGCUAAACUGGCACUUUACCUGAAUUUAUUGGGACUUUGGACAGUCCUAGUGUGUGCAGUAUUUUGUGGACUGGUGAUGUACUCUCAUUACAAGAGUUGUGACCCUUGGACUGCUGCUUUCAUUUCAGCUCCUGAUCAGCUCAUGCCAUACUUUGUUAUGGACAUUUUUUCUUCGCUGCCAGGAGUCCCAGGACUGUUUGUUGCCUGUGCAUUCAGUGGAACACUAAGCACAGUGGCUGCCAGCAUCAAUGCUUUAGCAACUGUUACCUUCGAAGACUUGGUCAAAAAGGGUUUCCCAAACCUCUCGGAGAAGAUGAGCACGUGGAUCAGCAAAGGCUUAUGUGUAUUGUAUGGUGUCCUGUGCACUUCCAUGGCUGCAGCAGCAUCGCUGCUGGGAGGAGUUGUGCAGGCUUCCCUCUCCAUCCACGGCAUGUGUGGGGGGCCAAUGCUGGGAUUAUUUACUCUGGGAAUUGUGUUUCCCUGUGCUAACUGGAAGGGUGCUCUCGGAGGCCUCUUAGCUGGGAUCAGCUUGGCUUUUUGGGCUGGCACUGGCUCUUUCAUUUACCCUGCACCACCAGCAAAGUCCAUCCCUCUGCAGCUGUCUACCCUCAACUGCACACUGGCCAACAGCACCGAGGUGCUGCUGACAGCAGCUCCCACAAUGGCUCCAGAGAGGCCUUUGCUGGCAGACACCUGGUACUCUCUGUCCUACCUGUACUUCAGUGCCAUUGGCUGUGUGGGCUGUGCCAUCACAGGCUUGUUGAUCAGCUUUAUAACAGGACCUAGUAGAGGAGAAGACAUCCCACCAGUGUUAAUUAAGCCAGUUUGCAACCUGUUCUGCUUUUGGUCCAAGAGACUCAGAGUAUUCCUGUGGUGUGGAGUGCAGCACGACAGCCUGGAGAUGGACUUUGAAAAAAAACUGCCUAAAGUUGCUGCAAACAAAACCAGAACAAAUAACACCUUCAAGAAUAAUACCAACAGAGAAAAUAAUCACCAGAUCCAUGGUUACAAGUCUGAGGAAAAUUCAUAUACAAAUAUAAGCAGAGAAUCUCGCCUCUAGAAGCUGAGGGACAAGGGACAUUUAAUCAAAUUUAGUUCUUCAGAAAUUAAUAACUUCUUUUACUGCAUUUACCAGCUUGUAGGUGAUCAAGAGGGAGCAAUUGCUCCCUAUAGCAAUAAAGGACAGAUUUUUAUUUACGAAUUUCUUGGCAGACCUUGGAAAUGAUCAGACAAUGGGGUUUUGGAAGCACUGCUGUUUUAGAAGAAAUGUUUCAUGGAUUUUGUUUUGGAAGCUCCCACCCAGACUUGCAGCUGCAAUACAUCUGCAUCACACACUCUGUUCAGCAACUCUUACUGAAGGGAAUGUGCAAAAGUGAGCUUGAGAUAAAUUAAGACUUUGGAGAAGUUUGUGAGAUGUCUCACUAAGGUGAGUCUGUGAGCUGCCCUUGAUGGAGAAGAGAGGUCAGGUUGAGCCUACACCCAGGUAUCACAAAAAGUCUCCUCACAGGAGCCUUGUAUAGACCAGACUGGUCUUUCAGUCACUGAGAUAACUGUGCUUGCUUUGGGGAAUUCAAGUUUUCUUUACAACUUCUCUUUGUAAAAGCUAUAGGACAGAGUAACAAUUUGUACUUUGAAUUCAGGAUAGUUCUUUAUCUGUGUUAGUUUUCACGUCAAAAGGAUCCCCUUUUAUGCAAUAAAGAAAAUAAACAAAUAUUUAAUGAUGCUCAUGCUCCCUAAUUGAGAAUUCAUGCUGAUUUUUGAAAAAAAAGACACAUAAUUAAGCAAAAUAAUCUGUCUGGUAUUAUGUUGUGGAAGCAGAACACUCAGUGCUCUCUUUCAGUGAAACGCAUUUGUUCCAAAAUUUGAUGGUUGUAAAAGUCAACAGAUCACCUCUCACCUUGAUAAACUUUUGGAUAUAGUUUUUCAAUAAAUAUAUGUGUUUUUAAACAAAAUUCACAACUGAAUGAAACAGACUGAAUGAAAAGAUCAAUGAUGACUCAUGGACUCAGCUGAUACAUUUAGCUUGUUUUUCUCUGAAGAGCCCCACCGUUGCUUUUGCUUUAUCAGUGACCAUCUUUAUGAUGUAGGUGUUUGUCAGUCUGGUCCUUGAAGUUAUUUCCCCUCUCUCUGUUCAUGCCCUACCCCUUGGAACUGGUCCCAGGAUUUUAAUUAGAGAACAGAAAUAGCGGUCUGGAAAUGACACUCCCUUGCUUGCACAGAACAGUUUGUCAAGAAACUGAGAACCAAGUCAAUAUUUGUGUUAAUCCCUUUUACACUGAUUUUAUAACCUCAUUAAAGCUUCUAGCUGAGUCUGGCUAGCUUUUUGCUGUCUCAUGUGGCAUCCUUUCCCUUCCUGCUUCCAUACUUGGGAUGGUUAGCAAGGCAAAGAUGGAAACUCAGUAAAUACUACUGGAUCAUUUAUAUCUCAUGGCCACACCCCUUACUGAGAAGGUUGUAUUAAGAAAGUCUAACUACCCUGCCUAAGGAUGUAAAAUAAUUCCUGAAUGAAGGUUGUUCAAAACACACAUAUGAAGCUCUAUAGUCAGAGGGAGUAUGAUAAAACCCUCUCUAGUCAUAGCUGGAGGAUAUCUGAUUCAGAUAUUUGUAACUCUGAAGACAAUCAGGUUUCAUCUGAAUAUUUCUUAAAAAGCAGUUAUCAUUAUUCUCUGCACGUGUUUCACAAGCCUGGCAGCACUGGAUGCACUACAGACUUACCACAAGUCAUCUGCCACAAAGAGAAUCUCAAUUUAUGCUUUUAAUGUCAGGAAAAAGUGAGUUAGGUUUGCUAGAAUUGCAUUCUCUCCAAAUGCUAUUGAAGGAAUAUCCUGAAGGAUUUUUCUUCAAGUAUUGCCAGACUGGUUUUAUUACAACUAAAGCUACACAUUGAGCUCAAGUCUAUUUUUGUAUUUUUAGUGGAGUCAGCCAAAGGGUUAUACAAAUUCCAACACGUGGAUGAUACAUGACAACAUAUGAUGGCUAAAAUCCAUAAUUCAUUAUUCAGCCUUCUAGCAAGAUUUAAGGAUAAGUCCUAGCAAAACUGCAACUCAGAGAAAUUUCCAUUCUUUUUAAAUUAGUUAAUUAAUCUGUUAGUUAAUCUGUUUAGUUAUCUUCUCAUUUCCUCUACAUCCUGAGCCAUUGAUCUUUCCAGAGGCAGAUCUAGCACGUCCACUUGGGUUGAAAAAUUGAGAUUAUGAAACUAGGAACAGAUAAAUCCUAGAAGAGCUUAAAUUUAAGAAAUUGUUAGUCACUAGUGAAAGCAGUACAACAUAAAUGACUGAAAAUUUGAAAACUCAGUCUAGCUGUGUCUUGAGGCCAAAAUAAUUGAAUAUUUAAUUGUUAAAAAUGCCUGAGUGAACCAUGACCCUGAAAUUACUUUCUUACAAGACUAUGAUUUGAAUGCUCAUGAGCACUCACUUUUCAAGUAUACAAUUGCUUUUAAUUAUCUUUGAAUAUUUGGAAUAAUAAAGCUCACAGCCUUUUUCAAAGAUAUCAAAGUUUAUUACUGAAAAAAAAAGGUAAUAAUCAAAUGUGCAUGAUACAGCAAGUAGUUGCAUUUGUAUAUGUAAACCUUAAUAAAGUAAAUAGCAUCCCAAAGACAAAUUUAUGCCAAAAGUGUCUUACAAUAGUUAAUCAGAUUUACAACUUUUUCCUCAGUGAAUUAUUUUACUUCUGGGGUACAUAGCUGCUUGUAAAAGCAAUCUUAAAACACAAAAGAAACUGAAAGCUAACAUGCUGGAGGAACUUACAGCUUUUGCACAGAAAAGUAGAUUUCUCCAAAAUGCUCUCUGAUACUGUAAACUUGUUUUAAAUAUUACUUACAAAGUGUAGAUUCAUGAGUAGAAAAAAUAGCUGAAAUUUUAUUCUUACUCCUUACUUAGAAAUCAAGCUGUAUUUAAACAUUACAUAAAUUUCAAAUAUAUACACAUUUUAAGAAAUCUCUUAUGAUCAGGAUAUUGCAAGUUAGCCAGGAUUAUCAGAGUAAAAAAAUGACUGAACCAUCUUAUUCAGUUAGAUUUUACAUGAGAUUAUUUCAAAGAACCAAAAUUUCAGUGAUACUACUCUAGGUAAAAAUUAGAGCCAACAGUUUGGAAGAUUUUUCAAUACAAAACUCCAAGUUGUUUAAAUAGAACUUGAAAAUAAAACAUGAUCUGAUUUUUGUUUUCAUUAUUAACAGAAAAAUCGUGUUCUCAGUGGUUAAAAUCUCACUAGCUUUAGACUCCAUUGGGUUUAAUCCUAAUUUUUUACCCUGUUGCAUCCUAACAAGCAGCUCAUGUCAGUAAGAAUGCAAACUACAGAGAACAACGAGCAAUACAGAGGUUGAAUCAAGAAGAUAGAAUGAGCCAACAGAACUAACACAAGGUCAUCUCAAGUGCAGUGAAGAGGGAUUUUACCAUCAACAUUUUGAGACUAAAUCCCAGCCCUGGAUUUAAAAAGCUCCUGUGUACCAUGGCAUAGUGAUUUCCCUACUGUUCCACUAGAACUUUGUGCUGUUGUGGUAACAUUGUGCUGUCACGGUUACGCCAAGGUUAUCAGAAAUCCAAAUUUCUAGUAAAUGUGCUUGCAAUGGCAAUAUCAGACAAAAAUUGUCAAAACCAAUCCAUUCUAGAAAUCUAAAAAUUAUAAAACUGCGUGGGGUAUUUAGGAUGUAUGUGCAUGUGGAGGAAGGGACACAAGGAGAGAAAGCUGUGGUGCUUGGGGAGGUGGCUGAGAGGACAGAAAUGGCACAGGUAGUGGUGCCCCACACUGUCUCACACUGAGUAUGCAAUCAGUGCACACUGAUUUGUAAAAAGCACCAGACAGACCAAUAUUUGUGCACUUUCUGCUUUGGCAUCUCAGCAAGGGACAUCCAAAAACAACCUGUAAAAAAAAAUCUGCUGUUACCGAAUUGGUUAUAAAACACUGAGGAUAAGUAAAGAAUGAGCCAAAGGAGGAAAAAAAGAUCAGGAGGCCUGUCCCCGUGCUUCAUCCUCAAACCCUUAUUUUUCAGAGCCUGCUGCAAUUCUGGAGCAGAACUUUCUGGAGUGAACAUGAGCCCUUUGCUGCCUUCUGCUCAUUCUCACUCUCCAUACACUGAUUGCUGAAUUUUACCUCCGAAGAAUGUGGGUUUUGUGCGCAUGAGGUUGAGCAAGAAAAGACUUAGGGAAUUUUUUAAGUUACUAGAUUUUCCACUACAGGCAUAUAGGUUAGAAUUCACUUAAACACUUUCAAAAAGUGUCACUUCAUGCAUUUUAGCCAUACAAAGCAUGCACUGGAACAAAAUAACAGGUCUGCCUGGAAAUGGACUUCUGUUUGAAUUCUAGAAUCAGUCUUAACAUCAAAUCAUUAUUAUGAAAUGCUGCCCUUACAUUUGUUUCAAACUUUGUCCCCAAACAAGCAACAUCAGCACUUUAUGAGGAUUCAAAAAAAUAAAAUGCUUCUGGAAGUACUACUGCAUUGUAAGUGAUUACUGAUACUCCUGUUUUUAUCUCUGUCCAUUUUCUUCAUAAAAAUAGAAACUAAAUAGAAAAUGUGAUUAAAAAAAAAUUUCCACUAACUUUAUCGCAUUCAUAAGUAGCUGUUUGUAUAAAAUUAGUUUUACUGAUAAGGCUAUUGCCCAGUAUAUAUAAAAAAUCUAGUUUUAGUAAGUUUUAAUGAAAAUUGGUGACUUUUACAGGCUAACUAUGCUAAUUGCCUCCAAACAAACCGUGACAUAAUGCAAAAGUUUGCUAAGUCCCACAGUGCCAUGUAGGACUUGGCAGGUAUCUCCAGUGGAUUCCCUGGCUCCAGAAAUUCUCUCUGGCAACACUCCCAGUUGGAGUGUGCAGUGGAGGAAGCCAAAGCAAGGAAAGAGCAGAUGUGCAUUACUCAUACGAUUAAACUGAUCAUCUUAAUGGCACAUUAAGAAUAAAACAUCACCCAAACUGUUGCCUUUCCCCAUAUUAAUACUCUCCCUGAAGCUGUAUUUCCCAAGGUAUUUUUCCUUCUGUAGAACUUUUUAUGAAGGAAACUUCUGGAAAUUAAGGUAUUUAUCUACUUAUUUUUACUAGUCUGUCUAGACAUUUUCCAUUUGAGCUUUCCACAGGACACAUUUGAGCCUAACUGUGCCUCAGAACACAAUUUAUGGCUAGUUGUUGGAAAAGCACAGCCACAGCAGAUGUGUAUUUCAUACUAGUGAAGAUAUGUACUUCCAAAGAAACAUCUAACAAAAACAAAAGCUCACUUAUCAUCCAUCAUCACUAUUGAAAUUUUAGCCCUGACACUAUUUUCUCUAUAAAUCCUUUCAUGAAAAGGGUUAGGAAAGAGAUGAAUUGUUAAUGUUGGAAAACACCUCCAAAAUUAUCAGGUCCAAUCUUUGACCAAAUAUCACCAUAGCAAAUAAAUCACAACACUAAGUGCCAUGUCCUGUCAUUUCUUGAACACUUCCAAGGAUGAUGACUCCACCACCUCCCAGGGCAGCCUGUUCCAAUGCUUUCAAUGAAAAAAAUUCUUCCCAAUGUCCAACCUGAACCUUAUUGUGUGCAGCCUGAGGUUGUGUUCCCUUGUCACUGGUUGCCUGGUAGAAGAGGCUGAUUCCCCACUUGCUACAAUCUCUUUUCAGGUAUCUGUGGAGAGUGAUGACUCCUCUGAGCCUCCUCAUCUUAACUAAACCACAGCUCCUUCAGCCACUCCUCCUAUGAAUUAAUCUCUAGAUCCCUUAACAGCUUCACUGCCCUUCUCUGGACAAGCUCCAGCACCUCAGUGUCUGCCUGGAACUGAGGAGCCCAGAAUGGGACACAGGUCUCAACACGCAGCCUCAUCAGUGCUAGGACAAUCACUUCCCUGGUCCUGCUGGCCACACUGUUUGUGACACAGGACAGGAUGCUGUGAGCUUUUCUGUCCACCUGGGCAGAUGCUGGCUCGUGUUCAGCUGCUCUUGACUAGCAUCCCUAGGUCCUUUCCACUCUGCCCCCAGCCUGUGGCAUUGCAGUGGGUUGUUGUGAUCCAGGGACAAGACUUGGUACUUGGCCCAUUGAUCCAGCCUGUUCACAUUUCUCUGCAGAGCCUUCCUGCCCUCCAACAGAUCCAACAAUGCCACACAACUUAGCUUAGUAUGGUCUGCAAACUCACUGAGGAUGCCCUCGAUCCCCUUACUCAGAUCACUGAUAAAGACAUCAAACACAAAUGGCCUCAAUACUGAGCCUUGGGGCACCACGCUGCUGACCCGGAUAAACAGCCUUCACUGCCACCCUCUGGGCAUGGCCAUCCAGCUUUAAUUAGCUUUAAUCCAGCUAAGAGUACACCUGCAGCCACCUUCUCCAGGAGAAUGCCAUGGGUGACAGCUUCAGAACCUCAUCAUGAGGUUUGCCUUGUUUCCCAAUCUCUGCUGAAGGGCGCUCAAUCAGCGUGCUGUGGGAACCUGAGCUCAAUGCUCAGGCAAGCCUUAGCACUCAGUUGUGAGUACUCUUAAUGCCUCCCUCUUUGUAGAGA